AUGACUGCAGUAGGAGCACCAAUGGGAGGAGGUGCUUCAACUAUGACCGCAGUUGGCGCUCCCGCAGGAGGGCGCUCAACAAUGACCGCAGUAGGAGCACCAAUGGGAGGUCCAGGAUCAACAAUGACUGCAGUAGGAGCACCAAUGGGAGGCCCAGGAUCAACGAUGACCGCAGUUGGUGCUCCUGCUGGAGGCCCAGGUUCAACGAUGACCGCAGUGGGUGCUCCCGCAGGAGGCCCAGGUUCAACGAUGACUGCAAUUGGUGCGCCAGCAGGUAUGCGUAAUCUUUUCAAUAAUACUGCUAAU